AUGGCUACUCAGCAGCACGCGCAACAGCAACAUUCGCUGCCACAGCAGACCCAGACGCAAGCGCAGACGCAGAUCAAUGCAGUGCCCGGUGCUGCCAGAGCGAGCUCUUACACAGCGCUGCCUCCACCAGCAGCCUACACACCACUGCGCUAUGCCAGUAAUCGAAAGACCAUCUACGACCGCAAUCUCAACCGUGCUCGCACAUCCGAGCUGAGCCUGGCAUCCUUUGCCCACCUCUUCAACACCUUGAUCGCAUACCACCAAGCUCGCGCACCCUCGGUCUCGGACCUUGAGGCCAGGUUGGCUCAAUCGGCGUACCCCAUUGGUGUCAAGCAGCUCGAUCUCCUCCUCUUCCGCAUGCCACCCCGUACAGCCUCUCGCCCAACCCGCUUGCUUGACCUCCUGCAAUUUAUACAUACAACUCUAUGGCGCUCCUUGUUUGGUCGCCCUGCCGAUGCUCUCGAGGCCAGCACUGGCAACAACAACGACUACAUGAUUGUGGACAAUGACCCACUUGUCAACACAUACAUCAGCAUACCCAAAGAGAUGAGCCAGCUCAACUGCGCCGCCUUUGUCGGUGGCAUCAUUGAGGGUGUAUGCGAUGCUGCUGGUUUCUCGACGGAUGGAGUGACGGCACAUUGGGCAGAAAACGACGAGCUCUGGCCUUCCAAGACUAUUUUUCUCAUCAAGUUCAAGCCCGAAGUAGUAGAGAGGGAAGAAGCACUCAAGGCUGGAGGUGGCUGA